AUGCUAGACUUGUCAAAUCAAUCUCAAUCAAUUCAAGCUGCUUUUGAAAAGCAAUCUGAGAAACAAAAAAGUAAAUAUCGAAUUCAUUUAAAUGCCUCAAUCGAUGUUGUAAGGUUUCUCUUGGACUUUGGGUUGUCUUUUCGAGGUCACGAUGAAAGUGAAUCUUCAAAAAACAAAGGCCUUUUUAUUGGGCUUUUGGAGUGUCUUGGAAAUAGGCUUCCAGAUGUAGAUAGAGUUAUAUUAAAACAUGCUCCAAAAAAUGAUAUGAUGACUUCGCCAAAUAUUCAAAAGGAUAUUGUGAGUGCUUGUGCACAAGAGACUGUGAAAGCUAUAAAUGAUGACCUAAAUGGAGAUUAUUUUGGGAUAUUAGUUGAUGAGUCCAAGGACAUUUCACACCAUGAACAAAUGGCCCUUGCUUUGCGGUAUGUUGACAAAAAAGGCCAAGUGAACGAGCCAUUUAUUGGUCUUGUUCGUGUUAGUGAUACAUCUGCAAAGUCGUUGAAAGAAGUAUUGAUGCUUGUAGCUGUUGCUAAAAAAUACAAAGAGGUGGAGACUUUCUUUGCUAUUGUUACUAACGUGUUGAAUGUGAUUAGAGUUUCUUUUAAGCGUAGAGACCAACUUCGGGAAUAUCAAGCAAAAUUGUUGGAGAAAUUGCUAGAGAGUGGUGAAGUUCAAAGUGGGAAAGGAUUAAAUCAAGAGCGAGGGCUUCAAAGUCCAGGUGACACUCGAUAG